AUGGAGAACAGUGGCUUGGCACUUACUCUUCCCACAGACAGUGUCAAACGGUUGACGAGAAACAAGGACAGCUGCAAAGGUAUUACAAUGUGGUUUUUAUUGGCCUAUGUUGAGGAAAGAUGCAAAUACAUUUGUAAAAGCUUGUGGACGAUGUCAAAGAUUUGCAAAUAUUUCAAGGAGAGGAUUGCAUACAAUACUUCGAUUAGCAUGUCACCCUAUCGGUUAAAUUUUGGUAAAGCAUGUCAUUUGUCGGUGGAGUUGGAACAUAAAGAUUACUGGGAAAUGAGGGAGUUGAAUAUGGAUGCCACAGCAGCAAGAUAUCAUAGGUCUUUGGAGUUUAACGAUAUGGCCGAGUUUUGUAAUGAGGCCAAUGAGAAUGCUAAGAUCUAUAAAGAGCGUACUAAAGUUUGGCAUGAUAAAAAUCUUGUUUGCAAGGAGCUCCAACCUGGGCAGCAUGUGCUAUCAUUCAAUUCUAGGUUGAAGUUGUUUCUAGGUAAAUUGAAGUCAAGAUGGCCAGGGCCAUAUACAGUGGUGAACAUUUUCCCUUAUGGUGUAGUGGAAUUGAAAGAUAAGUACAGUAAAACAUUCAAAGUAAAUUGUCAGUGA